UCCAUCCAUCAUCCAUCCAUCAUCCAUCCAUCACUGUCCUGCUGUGUGGGCGCCCUCAUCUGUCAAAAAGGUCUUACUACAGUUCCAGUUUAGUUCAGGUCAAAAAUGACAAUAAAUACUGAAAUAUUACAUAGAAUUAUAAAAUCUAAAGCAGGAUAUAUUUUUAAUUAGACAAAAGAAGGUCAGGGGUUAAUUAGUGUGAGAUUCAGCUGCCGUGGAGACAUCGCGCAUGCGCACACCGUGCAAACUUUCCAUUCGCGUGUCCAAAACUUAACUUUUUCCUCCGGAGUUCCGUGGACUGACCCAACUUUUCAUGCCCGGUCGCCCCCACGCGUCUUGCGGACAACAUCACUAAAGUUCGAGUCCCGUUGAAGCCAUGGAAACAAAGCAGCAGGACGCGACUUUCCUCCAGGGCUGUCACCGAGGUUUCGGGCUGCUCUUACCCGGCGAGGACGCCCCAAGAGCGGGGCGAGUGGAGCAGCUCCUCCCGCUGACUGGGCUGGAGGAUGUGCAUGAGCAGGGCGGAGAAGAGAGGAUGCUGCAGCAGUGUUUCAUGCACUUGGAGGACAUCACCCUGCAACUCCUCCACUACUACCAGGUGAGAGGACGCAUGCAACAUUUUAUGGAUGGGAAAAAGUUCAAAACGUUUUGUAUUCCAUUUAGAGAAAGAUGUCAACAUCAGAACAAGUCCAAGGAUCAGAGGCUCCUAAUGAAUGUCGGCGCUGAUUUGGCUGCCGUUGUCUUCCCUCAUCACUGCAAAUUGCCGCUGAGUGCCGCCGCGCCGUGGAAUCAAUGGCGUCGGACGAUCCGAGCCUCAGACGCUGGCAGAUUACUGAUGAGAACAAUCGGAGGCGUUUAGCUGUGGUUUGACAAUAAAGUCGAAUAAAAGGCUUGAAAAAGAGCUGUUUGUGUUUGUCUACAUGUUGGAAGGGAAAUCAAUGUAAGCUCCGUCAAACAGCUUUACUGUUGGCAGGCCGGCAUAAUUGGCUUGAGCUGAUGCAUGCCGGAACAAAGGUAAGACAUCGCACAUCAGUCAGCGUGCAUGGAGAUCCACAAAGAGCGUGGCCAAUGGGAUUGUUUCUCCAUCCUUCCCUAUUCUCUCUGUCUUCAGUCAGCUACCUUUUUGAGGACGAGGCUGCGUGAUCCAUCAUUUUGCUCAUUGAAUUUUUAUUCCCCCUACCCCUGUGGUUUUUUUUACCUUCAUUUUCUCCUUUCCCUUUGCAUUUUAUCCGGAAGAUCUCUCCAUCUUCUCAAUGUGCUUGUUUGUACAGCAGAAAAAGGCCAUGAAUCACACCUGCAUCUGCACUCUGCAUAAUGUAUCUCAUGUUUGGAUGAGGAUCCUAUGAAUAAUACAAGCUUCUCAGUCUUGGAUGCCAGUACAGAUGAUAAUAAAGCAGGUUUCUAGUAAUAUGGGCCAACAUGGAGAGCCUCAAUGCAUUAGCUGCUGGAUGGCCGGUGAUAAAUCAGGCGAUUGCCUGGCACUGGGCGCUCCCUGCGGAGGCCUCCCGGAGCUGUGCCAUACGAUGAGGCGAGGCCUUCACAAUGCCCUCCUUACCCGGCACCACAGGUCUCCGGGGUGGCUUUUAAUCGCCACAAAUGGGCGGCGAUAACAACUGGCCGUAUUUCACGCUCUGUCCGAUAGUUACGACCUGCUGUAGGUUUUACGACGAGAUGUCAGGUUCCUGGCAUAAUUGGCUCUUCUGUGUGGAUUUUACGAGUCUGUUUACUCUGUGUAGAGCACUCGUCUCUGGGAUGCACUCCUCAGGGUCCGCUGGGCCGUUCAUACACUCUCAGCCUCCGUCUGGUGGGGGAGGUUUUGUGAGGAUCCCAUCCCGUGCGGUCUCCUGAUUGAUGCGCCUUAGGCUAAAACCGGUGGCGCUUGGGGUUAUGUGACAACAACUGAAUCUUUGUUUUGGCCGAUCACGGGCUGUUUUUCAAACUGGUCUGGUAAAGAUGAGCAUAACAAAACAUCAUUUGGUUGCUUGUGUGAAACUUGUGGAGUCAAUGACUGUAUCGCACAAUGUUACUGUUUUCCCUCAGUAAACCAGAACUUCCUCAAUGCCAGCAGCACUCGUCAAUCACAAGACCUUGAUGCCACCACCACCACCAUGCUUGACUCUAGGCUCGACACAAUUCUCCUGCUACUCACUUGUCUUCCCAGCUAUUUAGGCAAUAAUGUCUGUUCUUUGACCCAUUUUCAGUAGAGAUAUCCAUCCAUCCAUCCAUCCAUCUUCUUCCGCUUAUCCGAGGUCGGGUCGCGGGGGCAGCAGCCUAAGCAGGGAAGCCCAGACUUCCCUCUCCCCAGCCACUUCGUCCAGGUCCUACCGGGGGAUCCCGAGGCGU